AUGUACACGCGUGAUGUCAGUGACCGUAUUAGCGGCAUCUCCGCAGCGGACCUUGCGCAACGUUUGGUCGAGGUUUCGUCGAGGAGCAAUGCACAGGAUAGUGCCUUUACGAAGAACUUUUUCCAGCGGCCCCUACCGCCAUGUGUGAGUGCGCUGCUGUGGGAUGCGAGGUUCGCCGGGGCAGGCCCGCCGCGGACGGCACUGUUGCGCGGUGAUGUGGUGGACAUUACGUCGUCUGUGUCGGAUGGGUCGCUCUCAUGCGUCGCUCUUUCAGACGAUGUGCGACUCCGCUUUGCCCGCUCGCGGCGCAGGCGCCUGACAGGGAUCCUCUCCUCAACAGCGGCGUCCUUGCCGCUCCGAAUGAACCGCGUCGACGUGACACACUUCUACUGGAUGGACGAGUGCGCAUCGGGAGUGUCGUACGCCGACGAGCCGGUGCUGUCGAGGGUGCUGCAAAAACGUAUUGUGCAAUGGGCUGUAGGCACCUUCGCACGGAAUCCAAUGCUGCGCAAUAUAUCCCUGCAAGCCCUUGAAGCCGUUUUUCCCGCGUUGCUCGCUUUUUCACCGCGCGAACGCGAGGAGCUUCUUAAGCAAGCCGCCGAGUUCCUCGGCCAAGGGACACUUAUUUGGUACGGCGGGGCGAUAAUCAAGCAGUUCCAGGAAAGCGCCGCCUCCCUCUCUCUUUCCCUACUUACGUCCAGCGAGGAACGCUGCUCCGCGGCGCUUCUGUUUGCGCUGGCAACGGCGCAGGAAGUUAUGGGCGCUCGACGUGCUGACGCGGCCCAGGCACUUCGCUUUCUCCUCGAGGUGUACGGGGUGAGCAGCGUGGCGUUGUCGCAAGCGCUGACGACCGCAACGCUGCUCGUGUCCCGUGCAACAGUGCCGCUCUGCACCCGCCGCUGCUUGGGAGCAGCGUCACGUCCGCACAAUCUACUCCAGCCUUACCUUUUUCCACUAUCCUGCGCAGAUGUGGAGACGCUGCCGUGGAUUCUACAUAGCACGCACACCUCCUCCCUCGAGCAACACGAAGAGCUCGUACGCUGUGCGCGGGAAGCCGCAGCUGCGGUGCUCGCCACGGCAGCGCCGUUCACUGCCACCGCUGCUCAGAGGCGCCAUGCCCACGAGGACGACGUCAACGCAUUCUUCUCCACCAAUCACACGCUCCAAAUACGCCGCGACACACUUGUUUCCCAUUGCGGUAGCGACGUGCCCUCUUCGUUACCCGAACUCACGGCGGCCGACAGCGGCGCCGUAGCGCGUUCACGCCUGCUAGAGGCGGCGCCCAAGUGGUGGGAGCGGGAGGCGAACGGGCACAACAGCAACGUGGUACGUGACGAGACAGAGCUGAAGAUCAAUGUAAAGGCCGCCGCUGCGGCGUUACGCGAGCCCCACGGCGGUGACCAUGCGCUGCUCGCCGUCAUCCACCGCACGCGCAAACGUCAGCGCAACCGCGAGCAGCUCACGGCGCAGACGGUGGAAGCGGCGCUGGAGGGUGCAUCGAUUCGGUUGAAGCGUCGCGCCUUCUUACAGCUCGUGGACAUUUUGGCGCUCAACUCGCACGGCGAGGACCGCGACGAGAAGGCGCGCCAGUACCUCGAGCAGCACCACGUAGCCGACGCGCAGAUCCACGACUUCACCACGCUUUUGUCGUCCACCCGCAAGACGUGA